GCUCUGUUUUCUGUUUUCGUCGUGUCCUAUCUUGAUCGCGAUCUCCGUUUUAGGGUUGGUGGUGAUUAUCGAUGGACGCCUUAGACUCUGUGGUCGAUCCCUUGAGGGAGUUCUCCAAGGACAGCAUCCGUCUCGUGAAGCGAUGCCACAAGCCCGAUCGCAAGGAGUUCACUAAAGUUGCUGUCCGGACUGCGAUUGGCUUCGUGGUGAUGGGGUUCGUCGGGUUCUUCGUCAAGCUGAUCUUUAUCCCGAUCAACAACAUCAUCGUCGGUUCUGGUUAGAUAAAGGCAAGGGAUGGAUGACCUAGGGAGCUACAGGAGAGGCAAGGAGGUGUGUGUGACAGUGGCUCGGCUGGGACGAAUAAGACCUGCUAUAAUGCUUUGUUAUGUUUGAUAUGAACCAUUGUAUUUAUGUUACAUUCCAGUAUAACUCUAUGACAUUUCCGCUGCUUUAAGUUAUAAAAAAGAAUUUUUGAAUA